AUGUCCAAAGCAGAAGAAACUAAACGAGAGCCUACUGCCGGUGAGCUAAUUCGCAAAAUGAAGAUGGUCGGAGAAGGGUGCAUGAAAAUGGGUGACGACGGUGUCAUGCGCUCGUUUGGUGGGCCGCCUGAGCGAGUGGUCUUCGAUGCGGUGGGCUUCAGUCCAGCUCAAAUCAAAGCGAUGCUAGACUUGCAGCCGUGGUCACAAGAAAUCGAAGAUCUGUACCGUGGUGUCGAUGGACGGAAAGUGGUCGACCAUGAAGCUUUGUAUAAUCCACCCGAUUCUUACAGACCGCCAAAGUGGACGGCAGAGGAGUUUGCAGAGAAAAAGAAGGAAACGGCGAAGCGCAAUAAAGAGCUGAUGGAGAGAAUCGAGAAAGAGAGGGAGGAGGGAGUUGACGUGGAUGCAAAGUAUGCUUGUAGUAGGGAACAGGCUGAUUACGAUUUAAGCCCAAAGGGAGAUAAGUAA